AUGAAAUUUGAAGCUUUAAAAAGCGUUGAUGGUCCCGUUCUAGCCUCUUACACCGGCCCAGUUCCGUCCGACUCUCAGCAAUACAAAGUCUUUAAAGGCCCAAUAAUAAAAAAGUCCAAAACUGCUGCCAAGCGCUUUAUUAUAGCCGAGGAUGAACAUGUCAAUUAUAUUGCAGAAACCUGCGACAACAAUGACUCGCAGUGUGAAUACAUGGCCGGCAUAUACAAUGAGCGUACAAAAACGUUAAAAUUUAUGAAAGUACCGCUUUGCGAAUUCGGUGUCAGAGUCAAGAGGGCGAGAAUCGACAAAUCUGAAGAAGAGCGACUGGAGACAGGCAAACAAUGGGACCGUCUUGCUCUUGAAUUUGGCUCCGCUAAAGCAAGAAAACGCAUCAAAGAAAAAAGUCUAUACUCGAUCGAUGAAGCAGACCUCGAAAUUGCUCGUACUGAAUAUAUUCCCAGCCUAGCUGCCAAAAUUGCAAGCGAUUCUCGCACACAGGAGCAAAAUUCGGAUAAACGGUCAAAGUCGGUUGGAAAGAAGUUUGAUUUUCGUCCUCCUCCCCACAAUAAAGAUGCAACGACUCCAGCAGAAGUGUACAAGUUACAAGACGUUGCUCCUGAUUUGGAUGAUGUCGACGUUGUUCCCUUGUUCAAAGCAGAAAGCAGUGAGGCGCGAAUGGAUUUGAUCCCGAUUGCUUCACCUUACAUGAAAUCUCAUCUGUCCUCUGCCAUUGCUGCGAACGAUGUUCAGAAAACAAAGAUUAUACUUUAUUUGGCAUACUUGAUCGCAUUCUACAGAAUGGGAGAAGAGGGGCAGAUCGG